AUCAUCCCUCCUUCCAGGCCUAGCGUUUGAUUUUAUUCGACUUGGUUAAAUUUUCAAUCGGAACCCAAUCAAUUAUCGCUUGAUUUACUGUUCGCAAGAAACACUGUCGAUCUUUCACAUGGCGGCGGCUGCGGGAGACCGCCCGAGCGCAAGGCAAAUCUUAUGCGACGCUAGUGCGGGUGCCUCGGCUGGUGCUAUAGCUGCUACAUUUGUUUGUCCUCUGGAUGUCAUCAAGACGAGACUGCAAGUCCAUGGUCUGCCUGAGGUUGCCCAAUCUGGCCGUAGAGGGAGUGUCAUCAUCACCAGCUUGCAACACAUACUAAGAACCGAAGGCGUUAGGGGACUUUAUCGUGGCCUUUCACCAACAUUGGUGGCCCUGCUUCCUAAUUGGGCAGUUUACUUUACAGUUUAUGGGCACCUCAAAGGAUUACUGCAAUCACAGACAAAUACUAGCGCUCAACUCUCCAUUGGUGCGAAUAUGAUAGCCGCUUCAGGGGCUGGAGCUGCAACAGCAAUUGCAACAAAUCCACUGUGGGUUGUUAAAACAAGACUACAAACACAGGGAAUGAGAGAGGGGGUUGUUCCUUAUAAAAGUGUAGCAUCUGCUUUAAAAAGAAUCGUAACUGAAGAGGGAGUAAGAGGAUUGUACAGUGGCAUCCUUCCUUCUUUGGCCGGGAUAAGUCAUGUUGCUAUUCAAUUUCCUGCAUAUGAGCAGAUCAAGUUUUAUAUUGCCAAAAGGGAGAACAAGAGUACCAGCAAUCUAGGACCUGGAGAAAUUGCGAUCGCCUCCUCAUUAGCAAAAAUAGCUGCCUCUGUGAUGACUUACCCGCAUGAGGUUGUGCGUUCCAGGCUCCAAGAGCAAGGACAAGUAAGAAACUCUGCAAGACAGUACAACGGAGUUUUCGAUUGCAUCAAAUUGGUGUUGAGAAAAGAAGGGCCCGCCGGGUUCUACCGUGGAUGUGCGACUAAUCUUUUGAGGACGACCCCAUCUGCAGUAAUUACAUUUACCAGUUACGAAAUAAUACACAGGUUUUUAGUGCAGCGAUGCAUCUCCAAAGAAGGAUCGUUCGAAAGCUAAACCCAAUCCAAGUGGUGGUUAUAUGCCUGCAUAGUGGACUAGCUGAAAUGACAAGAAAAAACAAUGCAUGUGGUACCCAAAAUUUAGAGAGUACAUUUAGAAAGAAAACUUUUGUUAUUCCUUUUGGAAAGUUCAGAUAAUCUAGCAACUAGACUGACAUUGAUUAAGAUCUGUAUGGUUUUGUCAUGGCUAACAUUUUCCAUAAAUAGACUAUUCCCCGUGCUUGAGGUUCAUUCUCAUAAUGCAAUUUUGAGCAUUCCAAAUGUAACAUGAAUGGCACCAAUCUUUUGAUGUGGAUUUGCAAUCACUUUUUCAUUUUUCUUUGUAUGGCACUUUGUCAUCGG